AUGGGAUGUGGCCAAAGUAGCAACCACCUUGGGAAGGACUGCAAGCAACGCCGGGAAUGUAAAAGGUGUAAGGGAAACCACUUGACAUGCCUACACCGACAGAAGAUAGAAAAAUCAUCGGCUAGCUCAAACUGUACCAACAUCUGCGAUCUUCCUGACCAAGAUGGAAAGGACCAUUGUAUGAUUGUGCCGGUUUGGGUGAGGCAAGCUGAUGAUCCAUCAAGGGAAUUCCUGGAAUAUGCGAUCCUCGACGACCAGUCCAAUGUUGGAUUUGUCUCCAGUGGUCUUUGCGACAGAAUGGGUGUUAAAGGACCUGAGACUGAUCUUUUGCUGACAAUAAUGCACGAGAGUGCUCGCAUUAGCUGUCAAAAGAUUAGUGGUCUUGAGGUCUUGGACUUCCAGAAGUCUACAGUUGUCCAACUCCCGUCCUGCUACACCAGACAAGAGGUUCCGGCCAAGCGGUCACAAAUUCCCAAGGCAGAAGUUCUGAGGAAAUGGAGGCAUCUAGCACCAAUCGCAGAUGAGUUGAUGCCAUACAACCCGUCAAUUAAGGUUUCCUUGCUCAUAGGAAACAACUGUCCUAGAGCAAUUCGACCCCGAGAAGUACUCGCUGGUGCAGAAGACGACCCGUAUGCGAUGAAAACCUCACUCGGAUGGGGCGUUGUCGGCAGAGUAUGUCAGAGUUCUCAAAGUGAUGAUGCCGUCUGCCACAGGAUUCAGACAAGUGAAGGAUAUCCCCACUUGGUGCACUCAAGCCAAGCAAAGGAAGUGUUUGCACCAGAGUCUGUACUGAAGAUCUUGGAACGAGACUUCCAAAUGACAAGUCCAAAAGGAGCUCCACUCUCAGUGAAAGAAACAAGGUUCAUGACAAUCUUGGAGAAUGGAAUCCGCAAGAGAAGUGAUGGACACUACCAAAUGCCCUUGCCCUUGAAGUCAGAUCAGGUGACCUUUCCUGACAACAAGAUUCUUGCUGUUAAAAGAUGGAGACAGCUAUCUGCAAGAUUUAGGAAGAACCAGAAGUUUCUGGAUGACUACAAGACCUUCAUGGAUGAUGUAAUCACCAACUACGCAGAACGAGUACCAGAUGACUGCUUAAAGGUGCGAGAUGGCAGAGUAAACUAUAUUCCGCACACAGGGGUGUACCAUCCUCACAAGCCUGACAAAAUCCGUGUUGUAUUCGACUGUUCAGCAAAAUUUGAAGGCGUAUCCUUGAAUGAUCAUCUUCUGCAAGGUCCUGACCUGAUGAAUGGACUACUUGGUGUUCUGUGCCGAUUCCGAAAGGAAGAAGUUGCCUUCAUGGCUGAUGUGAAAGGAAUGUUCCUUCAGUUCUACGUAAAUGAAGAAGACCGGAACUUGCUGCGGUUCCUGUGGUAUGAAGGCGGUGACGAAACAAAGGAAGCUAUUGAAUACCGGAUGAAGGUUCAUCUCUUCGGAGCAGCUAGUUCUCCAGGAUGCAGUAACUUUGGACUGAGAAGGGCAGCAACAGAUGGCGAAGAAGAGUUCGGUUCAAGUGCAGCAGAGUUCAUUCGCAGAGACUUCUACGUAGAUGACGGUCUUAGUUCACGACCUACUGCGGAAGAGGCUGUGCAGCUGCUGAAAAACAGUCAAGCAAUCUGUGCAAAAUCAGGACUGAAAUUGCACAAGAUUGUGUCUAACAGCAGAGAAGUUCUGAAAAGCUUUCCAGCAGAUGAACGAGCAAAAAGCCUGCAAGACCUGGAUUUAGAUGUCGACAAGCUUGUGCUGGAAAGAGUCCUAGGAGUGUCCUGGAACAUUGAGAUAGACACCUUCAACUUCAGGGUGCAGGUGAAGGCGAACUCAUUCUCCAGACGAGGUGUUCUCUCAUCGAUCAGUUCAAUCUAUGAUCCAAGCGGCUUUCUUGGUCCAGUAGUUCUUAAAGGCAAGAGGAUUCUCCAAGCUAUGUGCAAACAGAACAUGGACUGGGACGAAUCUAUGACCGAUGAACAGCGUUCAGAAUGGGAGAAAUGGCUGCUUGAUCUCCAGCAUCUAGGUGACCUCCAACUCAAGAGAUGCUACAAACCAAGUAGGUUCGGCAAAGUCAAGCAGGUAGAAGUCCACCAUUUCUCUGAUGCCAGUCAGGAUGGGUAUGGGCAAUGUUCAUAUCUCCGUCUCAUCAAUGAGGAUGACAAAGUGCAUUGUUCAUUCGUAAUCGGAAAGGCCCGAGUUACUCCAUUGAGACCAAUUACCAUUCCAAGAUUGGAGCUAACAGCAGCAACAUUGUCAGCCAAGAGCAGCACAUUCCUGAAGUCGGAACUGGAAUACGAUUCUGUGAAGGAGUUCUUCUGGACAGACAGUAAGGUUGUUCUUGGAUACAUAAAAAAUGAAGCCAGGCGGUUUCAUAUCUUCGUUGCCAACAGAGUUCAGACAAUCCGAGAGCAGACUGACCCUGAUGCAUGGUACUAUGUUGAUACCAAGGAGAAUCCUGCUGAUGGAGCUUCUCGAGGAAUCUCAGCAAAGGAGCUCACUUCUAGCCACUGCUGGUUUCGAGGCCCAGAUUUCCUGUGGAAUGAUGGUUUGUUUGCACCCCCAGGAGAUGAUCCAUGUACGGUAGAUGACCACGACCCAGAGGUGAAGCAUGCCUCAGUCCUGAGAACAGAAGCAACCACCAAGGUCAGUACAGGGCAAUUUGAAUCCAACCGUUUGAAUUGCUUCUCCAGUUGGCACUUUGCCAAGAAGGCAGUAGCCAGAUGUAUACAGCUGAAGACGAGUCUGAAGAAAAGGGCUAACCAGCAUACCAGAACGAGGUCUAGAUCAGUGGAAGCAACGAUCCCUAAGGUUGUGACAGUGAGUGAGCUACAGGAAGCUGAGAAGGUCAUCAUUAGAGGUUUACAACAAGAAAACUUCCCGCAGGAGCUGCAGAUUCUUAAAGAACUAGAUAAGACAGGAGAAAUGAGUAGACAUGAAGUACCUACUCGAAAUGCGGCACUGAAGAAAACCAGUGCCCUCUUCAGAUUGGACCCGUUUCUAGAUGAUGACGGGGUGAUUAGAGUCGGCGGCCGGAUACACCGCGCCAAUUUGUCCAGUAACAUUAGACAUCCAGUGAUUAUUCCUCGUAAGAGUCAUGUCACAACACUGCUGAUCCGAGAUGCUCAUCACAGGACCCAACAUAGUGGUAGAGGCAUUACUCAUAAUGAGCUACGUCAGAGAGGAUACUGGGUGAUAGGAGGAGUGUCUGCAGUUUCACAAUGCAUCUCGUCCUGUGUGACAUGUCGACGAUUGCGAGGACAGCCCCUCCAACAAAAGAUGGCAGAUCUUCCAGAAGAAAGAGUUGAGCCUUCUCCACCAUUCUCGUAUUGUGCAGUGGACUAUUUUGGACCCUUUCUUAUCAAGGAAAGACGGAGUGAAGUCAAGAGAUAUGGUGUGCUCUUCACAUGUCUGUCUUCAAGAAGUGUACACCUGGAAACUGCUAACAGUCUUAGUAGCAGUGCCUUCAUCAACGCGUUGCGGCGUUUCAUGAAUCGACGGGGUGCUGUAAGGCAUCUACGCUCUGACCAGGGUACAGCAUUCGUUGGAGCCAGAAACGAGUUGAAGGAAGCGCUGUCUGAAAUGGACCAGGGAAAGGUACAAGAGUACCUGCUUGAGAAUGGAUGUGACUGGAUACCAUUCAAGAUGAAUGUGCCCCAUGCCUCUCAUAUGGGUGGAGUUUGGGAGAGGCAGAUUCAGUCAGUGCGACGUGCACUAGAGCCAUUGCUGAAAUCAUCUGGGAGUCAACUUGACGAUGAGGCCUUCAGAACAUUCAUGACCGAAGCAGAAGCCAUAAUCAACUCCAGGCCAUUGACGACAACCAAUCUAAGUGACAGUGAAGCACCAGAACCACUGACCCCUCAUCAUAUCUUGACUGCCAAGCCCAAAGUCAUAUUACCCCCACCAGGAGUCUUCCAGCGCGAAGAUGUUUACUCUAGGACUUAA